AUGGCUGAGGACGGACAUCAACAUACGUACAUCUCUGAAAAUGCACUUCUCCCAGGUCAAGUACAUACCUAUUUUGGGGGCAGCGAACAGCAGAUCUUCAACGCCUACAGGCAUGAGAUCGAGGACGUGACAGGCAAGGACCAGAACACGAUCUCCGCGAAAUUGCGAGAAAUAUUCGAAUCGGCAGGAUUGAAGCCUGCCACUCAGAAUUUCCAGUACCAAGCAGCAGGCAAUACUUAUAAAGGUCAAAAUGUUUAUGCAGUGCUGCGAGCCCCACGCGGCGACGCUACUGAAGCUGUCGUUCUUACUGCUGCUUGGGAGAAUAUGGACAACAAGCUGAAUUCUUAUGGUGUUACGCUGGUGCUUACUUUAGGAAGAUAUUUCAGUCGAUGGUCGCUAUGGUCCAAGGACAUAAUCAUACUUAUCACUUCCGAUAGUCGAGCGGGCCCUCAAGCAUGGGUUGAUGCAUAUCAUGACGAGCAGCCCUCAUCUUCUGUCGAGCCUCUAUCUAUUAAGAGUGGUGCCCUUCAAGGUGCGAUUGUCAUAGACCUGGCGAACAGCCAUCGCUUUGAGUCCAUACACAUCGUCUAUGAUGGCAUAAAUGGACAAUUGCCCAAUCUCGAUCUCAUCAACACCGCGGUGUCCGUUGCAAGCGGACAGAUGGGUAUUGGGAUUGUCCUCCAACGAAUGUGGCAUCACGAGGAUAGCUACCUCGAGCGCCUUGAGACCAUGCUUCGAGGUAUGGCAAACCAGGCAGUCGGCCUCUCCGCUGGUUCCCAUGGCAGCUUCUUUCCCUACCAUGUGGAUGCUAUUACCCUGCAAACCGUGGGGGAUGGGCCACAGGACGAAAUGGCUAUGGGUCGUGUCGUAGAGAGCAUUUUCAGAAGCUUGAACAAUCUGCUGGAACAUUUUCAUCAGAGCUUCUUCUUCUACUUACUCAUGCAGGCGGACCGCUUUGUCAGUAUAGGCACAUACUUGCCUAGUGCAAUGCUGGUGGCUAUGAACUUUUCCAUCAUGGCGAUCGCGUUGUGGAUCCGCAGUGGACGACCAAAAAGACCUUCUAUGGCCUCGACAAUUCCUGCAAAGGGAUCUAAGACUGAGGUUGAGAUUGUGCAAACAGAUGGCCUGAUCGCAGUAGCGCCUAAGCAGUCCGUGAAAGUAGUCGAGCGUCACCUUCUCAUACCACUAGUACUAGUCUUCUCUGCACACUUCCUCGGCCUUUUCCCCUUAUACUUAUUCAACAAUAUAUCCCGCGACACUUUUGAUGCUAUAUUCGCGCCUUUCACUGCCCUUAGCAUGGGCUUACCUACAGUAUUCGCACUCCGCACCGAAGGUCACAUAAGUAAUCAGCAUCAUACGCUCACGCUUUGCUUUUCAUUACUACUAUUGGGAAUGUUCUUGGCUACGCUAGCGACUUUGAACUUUUCAUUAUCACUAUUCGUUGGGCUGCUUGCAACCCCUCUUUCGUUCAUUCCAUGUCUGCAGGGAGAAGAAGAGAGUGAUGUUCCAAGGACAAGGAAAGCAUUCUACAGCGUCGUAAUAGCCGUGGUCUCUCCACCUUCGGUACUAUGGGUUAUAAGCGCAAUAUCCAAGACAGGCGUCGUCGACAUUCUGACCCAAGCGGCUUUUGGAUGGACUGUCAAUGGGAUGCGGACACAAGUGAUAGUCUGGUGCGUAUGGUGGCCAGCCUGGCUCGUGAGCAGCGUGCUUGUAGCGAUAUGA